ACAGGGAAGGAAAAUUUUCCCGCGACUUUGGAGGUCGGCGGUUCGAUUUAUGAUAAUGGGUGUUUUCUUGCCAACGCCAAGCAACUCGCAUCUUGGGCGGUAUCUUUGGCUGGUUCACCGAUCAAGAAGAAGCGAUGGCGCCCGCGCUCUCUUCUCUCUUCUCAUCUACCGGCGUGUAGCCGAUCAAUCCAUGGCCGCCUGGAUUACUGGGAUGCUGGCGAUCGCGGCAUUCUUGCAGAUUUCCAGCACCGCGCAGCUCAAUCUCUCCAGCAACAUCGAAAUUCUGGGGUUUCUUGAUGGCCAGGGCUCGGUCGCGAUCGAGGGACUGAUAGGGAUUGGGAAGGAGGAGAGCGUUGCUGUGGCGGAGGUGGAGGAGGAGAUUAUCUCGUCGCGGCUGUCACAAAAUUCUACUUCCGACAAUUCAAGGCUCAGGGACUUGAGGCGCUCGAUUUCUUCCCAAGCCUGCAAGUCGAUCCCAACGGAUUCAAUCCCUUGCCAGAUCGAGAAUGAGUCUAAUUCCUCCAGCUGCGAGCGCCGGCGCAUUGAAAAUCCCUGUCUCGUUCCGCUGCCACGGGGAUACACGCGCCCGGAUGCCUGGCCUUCUUGCGUCCACAAGGCAAGGGCGGAGAACAUCGGCAAUGGCGAUCUUGCGCGGUCGACCGCCGCUGCGAUCCAAAUGCACGGCACCAAAAUCUCGUUUCGAUCUGCCGAACUGGACGCCGCCAGGAAAUAUGUCGAUGAGCUCCUCCAGUCGCUACCAGGAUUUGAGCCCCGGUUGGCCCUGAAUCUAGAGGCCGGUGUGGGGAGCUUGAGCGUGGAGUUUGAUAGACAUGGAGUUUUGGCGCUUUCCAUCGCAUCGAAGAAAUCGAGAGCCGAUGCCAUCCAGCUUGUUCUCGAGAGAGGCUUUCCCGGAAUGGUCCAGAGUUUUGCCAGAGAAAGACUUCCAUAUCCAAGCGAGGCCUUUGAUCUCAUCCAUUGUGGAAGCUGUAGUACGUCUUGGGCCAGGAAGAGAGCGUUGCAUCUUUUCGAAGCUGAUCGAAUUUUGCGACGAGGUGGUCUUUUCGUUUGGAGCAAUACAUCAGGAAAAGAAAAACUAUGGAACGAUAUGUUGAAAGCAGCAGUUUCGAUGUGUUGGAUCCUGGCUUCGAGAAAAAACAAAGUUGCUAUUUGGCAAAAGCCCACGAACAAUUCGUGUUAUCAGCUACAAAACCACUCGGUGUUUUGUGAUCCUGGAAGUCCACCUCCUGAUGAUGCUUGGGGCAUUCCAUUGCAAGCUUGUAUAUCCGGUCCUUCAAAACUAGCAGCAACAAGUGAAAGACGCAGCUGGCCAACACGAUUGCUAAAUGCGAUGCGCCUCAAGACCAUCCUUUCUUACAACAGCUUGAAGUUGGCCACAGUGGAGGCGUAUGAAGCUGACCUGAACUACUGGAAAAUGCUGACGGAUUUUUACUUGACAUCUUUGGGUCCAUCAAGGAUUCGGGAGAUUCGCAACGUUCUCGAUACAAACGCUGGAUAUGGCGGGUUUGCUGCUGCAUUGGCAUCACGAAAUCCUGCUCUGUCAUGGUGGGUGCUCAACGUUUCUCCGGUGGACAAUCCUCACAACCACCUCGCAAACAUAUUUGAUCGAGGACUGCUGGGAGUUUAUCACGAUUGGUGCAAAGCUCUGCCCAUGUAUCCACGCUCCUUCGACUUGGUGCAUGCUUCUCGACUCUUCUCCGCCAAGCACAAUUGCUCAAUGGUUGUCAUCCUUCUCGAGAUCGAUAGAUUGCUAAGGCCUGGAGGUUUUGCGAUAUUUCGAGAUGACAUAGGGACGCUGCUAGAGGUGAGGAGUAUUGCCAACGCUUUGCAUUGGAAGACAACGAUUCAGGACACUGAUAGUGGACCUCAGGGCAAAGAUAAAGUCAUGCAUUCCCAAAAGACUUCUUGGCAACCAUAGUGAGGCGAGAGAACUGUGUAUUUUGUUUCCGAAUUUAAGAGCACGUCUUCCAUUCAGUUUCAA